AUGGCACUCAAGUCCUUGAAAUCUGCUCACACAUUCCCAGGGUACACGACAGCAACCUCGUCCUACGUUAAGAACGUCACGGGCCCCCGUCCCGCCCUAUAUAAAUCCCAAUCGCCGCCAAUCAACGACUUCAACUUCAAGUCGCUCUGCCACAACACCGAAUCACAAUGCGUCUUCGCCCAUAUCCGUGCCACCAGCGGUUCCGUCGUAACGCAAGUGAACAGUCACCCCUUUGUCUUCGGCCGCCACGUCUUCAUGCACAACGGCGUCAUCUCCAACUUCUCAUCCAUCCGCCGCGAAAUGACCUCCCUCCUCUCCUUCGACGCAUACUGCAACGUACUAGGUAGCACGGAUUCCGAGCACGCCGCCGCCCUCUACAUGACCAACCUGACCAACAGCAGCGGCAAAGAAAGCUGGGAGAAAGCAUAUCCCCUCAGCAAAAUGCUCGAGGCCAUGCAAAAGACCGUCAUCCAGAUCCUCACACUCCAGAAGAAGAUACUCGGUGAAACUAACACACCAAACUCUCUUAACUUCUGCACAACCGAUGGCACGAAAAUGCUCGCUAUCCGCUUCCGGAACCAUGUCUCGCAGCAGCCGCCGAGCCUUUAUUGGUCAGAGUUUGCGGGACGUACGCUCAAUACAAAGUACCCUGGCAACCCGGAUAGUAAGAGUGGCGGGAGUGCAGACGCAGGUGCAGAGAUUGGGGAAGAAGGCGCGAUGGGUAAACAUACUAUUAUUGCGUCUGAGCCUACAACGUACGACGAGAAGGAAUGGCAUUUGAUUAAGAGAAACUGCGCGCUUAUGGUGGAUGAGGAUGGAAUUGAACGCGAAGAGAAGAUUCAAUAUGAUGAGGGUCUGAAUGCGAGGGAUCCAAAGUUUGAUGGCGCAGUUAGGGCGAGUGAACAGCACUAA